AUGAAUGGCAGUGUGAGUGAAGGAGACCAGUUGAAGACAGAUGAGGAGUUUGGUAACACUUGCAACUGUAAAAGAGCUAACGCUAACAGUGGUGACCAGUUAGACUGUAACGGUGGAGACUGUAAUGACCCUUACAAGACUCUGAACCAUGGUGCACAAGAGCAGAGCGCAGAGGACGUGCCGUGUGACUCCUGCAUCGAGAGCCCCCGGCGGGCAGUGAAGUCGUGCCUCACCUGUCUGGUGUCGUACUGCAAGGCGCACCUGCGGCCUCACCUGGAGAGCCGGCGCUUCCAGAGUCACCGGCUGGUGCCGCCGCAGAAGGACCUGGAGCUGCGCGGCUGCCCUGAGCACGGGCUGCCUUUGGAGCUGUACUGUUGCACCGAUGCCCGCUGCCUAUGCCACGCCUGCAGGGAGCAGGGCCACCGAGAACACCACACCCUGCCUGUGGGGGAGGCCCGCAGACUGACCCAGGCAGAGCUGCAGAGUAAGAGGAGAGAAAUUUUGAAAGCAGUCUCCACAGCAGAGGACGCCAUCACCAGUCUACAACACAACACCGCCUCAGCAGAGAGCUCAGUGAUGGGCCUGCAGAUGAUAUUGGAGCAGCAGUUCUCCCGUCUGCAUGGGGCGGUGGAGAAGGUCAGGGAGGAGGUGCGGGAGGUGCUGAAUGGGGAGCUGAAGCAGGUGGCGUGCCAGGCGGACGGCAUACAGGCACACCUGCACCUGAAGAUAUGCCAGCUGAAGAGGACCCUCGUCUUGGGGGAGAAGUUCAGCAACAGCAAAAAUGAUGUGGACUUCAUGCAGGAGUACUGUGAGUGGCUAAAGGACCCGGUGGACACUGAUUUACCUGAAGUUUAUAUCAGUCUGCCCGACCGGCUCAGCCCCUUCAGACAGACCAUCCUGGACACCACACAGGAGCUGUGUGAACAGCUGCUGGCCACCUACAGACACCAGCUCACUCACCUGUGCCAAAGAGGUGAGCGUGGCACGGCAUCUGGUCAGCCAUUCAGAACAAAUUGCACAUUUGCCCAAGAACCUGAGCCAGUGACUCACAGUGACUUCCUGAGAUAUGCGACCAGUCUAACGUUCAACAUCAACUCAGCGCACCAGUUCCUGCGGCUGACUGACGGGAAUACGCGGGUGACCAACACCACCCCCUGGCAGCACUGCUACCCGGAGCACCCCGAGCGUUUCGAGCACUGGCGUCAGGUCCUGGCAUGCGACAGCCUCUUCCUGGGCCGCCACUACUUCGAGGUGGAGCUGAGUGGCGAGGGAGCGUACGUGGGUCUCACCUACAAAAGCAUCAAGCGGAAGAGCGCUGACCACAGUGGCUGCAUCACCGGCAACACCUUCUCCUGGAGCCUGGGCCGACGCAGCCGCGGGCUCUCCUGCUGGCAUGCAGGCGAGGAGAUCUGCCUGCAGGGGGAGCCCUUGAGCCAAGUCGGGGUGUAUGUUGAUUAUCAGGCCGGUGUUGUAGCCUUCUACGAUGCGGCAGGGUCUAUGAUACAGUUGCAUAAAUACAGCGCACGGUUCUUGGAGCCGCUGUAUCCAGCCUUCUGGCUCUCAAAGAAGGAUGAUGUCAUUUGUCUCCCGAGCCUAGUUGAGAACUGA